UCUUUAAUUGGGUCAUAUGACCUUUAGUUGGAUCAUCAUUAUUGAUGCUCUAACGUUCUUCCAUUCUCCCGCGAAAUGUAAACCCUACGGUUUUUCAUCAACGAUGAAAUGGACGAAAAAAUCGCAUCGUGGAUUCUCGAUUUCCAUUUGCGUAAGCCGAUCUGCGACAAACUCAUCAUUGCUGUACUUUCAUCCCUUCCAAUCUCUAACAUUGAUCACGACUUGAAAAAAACGAUUCUUCUUCAAUGCAUUGAAUCAGAGAACUCAAAUGGUUCUAUCUCCGAAAAUACCCUGAAAUUUCUGGAAAUUGUCCAAGAAUUAGAUCAUGAAAAAGGGAAAAUGGCGUCAGAUUUGAUGAAGAAAGCUUACUGUGCUGUUGCAGUGGAUUGUACGGUGAGAUUUUUGGAUGAAAAUAUGGAGAAGAAUCGGGUUUAUACAGAAACAGUGACAAUAGUGUGGAAAACAAGGGUUUGUAAUAAGGGGGCUUUAAUUUCAGAGGAAUCCAAACGUUGGUUGGAUGAUAUUGAGUCUGCAGUUUCGGAUUCGAGUGUUCGUGAAAGGAUUUUGAAGAAGAAUACUAGAAAUGAAGCUUUGAAAGCUGUUAGGGUUUAUUUGAAGGAUGAGUGGAAGAUUAUGCUCCCUUCCUUACUAGAAUUGGCAGCGAUGAAGUUUGGAAAUUCUGUUGAGGAAAUUCGUUGUUCUGAAUUUGCUGAUAUUCCAGGAAUGAAGAAACAUGUUGGAGCAAAGAAUGUACAUUUUACUGGACAUAUUCCAAAUGCGGAUGAUAAGGUCUUAGAGCAGCCCAUGAAUAUAUCUAUUGAUGACCCCUCCUACACGGACAAAGUGCAAGACGCUCUUCAAUGCAAUUCCAUGCUGCAGCAGAACACUAUGGAUGAUCCUUGCCCUGGUGCUUCUCAAGCAGUUUCUACUCUGUUGUUUACAAAGGUGGCAGAAAAUUUGAAUAAUGCAGCAGUUGUAGCGAACCAGACAGGAUUAGAAGUUCAUGCACCACCUGAAGUGACUUGUGUGCACGAACCUCUCGAAGUCAGUUCCGGUGAAGUGCACGUUACUGUGACGGAUGCUCAUCUGGAAGCACUUCAAACUGCUCAAACUGCUGUAGAAAACAAUCCAGUGAUUCAUGCAAUCCCUGAGGUGGACCCUGUGCAGCAAGCAGUGAAAUCCAGUUUCACAAAAGAGUAUGUUCCUGUGAGAAGUCCUGUUCCUGAUGUUUCUCAACCUGCAAAGAGUUUGUCAUCUGUAAUUGAAAUGCCCCAGGCACAUCCAGAAGCACAUGCAUCUAGUGAGUCCCCUGAAAACGUUCAGAAGAACAGAGUGCACGAACCUCUCAAAUACAGUUCCAAUGAAGUGCAGGCUACUGUGACAGAUGCUCUUCCAAAAGCACUUCAAACCGCUCAAACUACUGUAGAAAACAAAUUUGAACCAGUUAUAAAUGCAAUUCCUAAGGUGGACCCUGUGCAGCAAGCAGUGAAAUCCAGUUUUAUGAAAGAGCAUGUUGCUGUAAGAAGUCCUGUUCCUAAUGUUUCUCCACCUGUCAAGUGUACGUCAUCUGUACUGGAAACAUAUCAGGCAAAACCUGAAGCACAUGCACCUAAAGCGUCCUCUGAAAAUGUUCGGAAAGAUAAUAAAUCAAUAGGAGGCUGGCUAUUCACUGGAACUGGCUAUUCACUGGAACAGCAUAGUAAUAAGCGAAGUUUGAUGGAGGCCCAGUGUUCUGGUCAUGUUUUUGAGUGGAGUGACUCUAUUGAUAGCUGUUGCAGAGAUUCACCUCUUUGGUCUCUCUUACCUCUGAAUACAAAGAAAUGUAAGGUGUCCGAAUUCAAGAAGGAUGAAUGCAAAAGAUAUCUGAGGAGAGAAACAAAGAAGUGGAGUCCUCAAGAAGUGAACGCGUUGACAGAUGGGGUGAAAAGAUUUGGCAAAGGGAGAUGGGAAGCCAUCCGUUUCCUCUAUGAUGAUGUCUUUAAAGAGAGAACAUCAGUUGAUUUGAAAGAUAAAUGGCGAAACCUGAGGAAGUCUGGCAGCUGAUGGCAUUUGAGAUCAAUCUUUUGCACUAACAUAAAAGAAGAUAUAUGUUUGUUCAUGGUACGUACUUGCCACAAAAGCACAUUAACCUUUUUAACCUCCUAUUUUGUUAUCAAUUUUUAACAGGUCUAAUGUUGUAAAUAAUUUUUGUACAUAGAACAAACCUCUCUAUGGAAGAUUUUUGACGUA